UACGUUAGCGCCCUCGGAAAGUACCAUGACUGUUAAAUGUCGUCCAAAGAAAUCUGUUGACACAUUAUUCGGCACGUCAACGGCCGAGUAAGCGCAGUUGAAAAGUUGGCUGCCGGUUGCAGGACUCAAAUGUUGUCACGAAUGAACUUUUUCAAACAAAUCAGCGUCCGUGUGGCUAACAGUGAUGCUAUCAUUUAGUCACUUUACAAACCAUUCACUCACCUGUCGUCUUCUCUUCAUUUCAGCUGACGGCACUGAUGAAUCAUCCAGCGAUGGAGGUGAAGGUAUUCGUUCCUGUUUUGACUUUAUUCUUUACUUUGGGAGGUGGUCUCACCUGAGAGGACCGACUGGAUGCAUCCAUGCCGCUCUGCCGGGAGACAAGGACAACAUAGGUGGAUUAUUUCUGGAACUCUCAAAAAGGGCGACGGCUUCUAAAAGGACAACAAUUGAUCAUGUUUUACCAUUCCAUCGAAAUAAUGUAUUGAUCGCUAAAGAAAUUCAAACAUCCAGUAGCAUAUAUUACAGAGCAAUUAACGUUUUAAAAAGAUAUGUACAGUUGUCACGAGAACACCUAUGCGUUUAUAAAUAACGAUCAAAUUGUUAUUCUCAACAAUGUGCAUGACACAUAAAAUAAGUCUUAAGUCACGUAAAAAAUGUUUGCAAUGCUCAUAUACCAACAACAAAUGGAAUUCUAAUAAGUGAUUAUUUGAGUCGCAUGGACCACAAUGAGGUAUUCUUUCUAGAUUAGCUGGACGACUAUGAUCAUGAAAAAGAUAUUUGAUCGAUAUGAUCAAGAUGAAAUAUCAUCAUGAAGAUAGAUGAAUAUGACCAAGAAGAUAUUAUAUGAGUAUGAUCAUGAAGAUGAUGAUGAAUGUGAUCAUGUUAUUAGAUGAAUAUGAUCAUGACUAGAUGAUAAUGCUCUUGUCUUUGAAACCUUUAUGGCGUUUCUUCCCUCUAGCGGCGAGCCCUGGAAGCGUCUCCCGCCUACUGGCAGCGGCACACGCACACGCACACGCACUCUAGUGUGUUUGUCAGACUCAAAGCCGAGCGCGAGCAACUAGCCGCCAUUUUCUCCGCGUCUCUCCCUAAAAGCAGAGAAAAAGACUCGCGUCAAAACGCCAUCCGGAUGGUCCUCCGCUCGUCGAAAACCGGGGAUUGUGCCCAAGGUAUCCGCGAGAUGGCCUCCAUUUGAGCAAGUUUGGGACGGAAAGGAGUGUUUGACGGCCUUGUGUGAAAUUGGCCGCAGCGAGGCGAGCUAGUAGGCGAGCAAGGUGUAGAUCGUUGAUUCGUCCAUUGCCUCAAUCCGGAACGAAGCCGAGUGGCGCCGUGAAGCGGCCCUUUGGCACCCCCGGUUGUGUUUUUUGGACUCAUUAAUGGCAUAGAGGUCGAUUCCUGCCGCCUUCUUGCCACAGCGCCCCUGUUUUUUUCUACCAAAGUGUUGGGGAUUGUUAACCAAAUUCCCUCGGAUAGUGCAAGCUCGUCACGUGGCUGUCCUCCGGGGGGGCAGUAAGCGGGUGGUGUGGAGCAGGCCGCGGUGCCCGUCCCUCUGCACUGCAUGGCUGCGAUGGCGCCCGCUCUCACCGACGCCCCAGCCGAAGCUCACCACAUCCGCUUCAAACUGGCUGCCCCGUCAUCGAGUCUGUCUGCAGCCAGUGCCGAGAACAACGGUAACCCCAACAACAUACUCAUCCACAGCAGCGGCCCCGCCAAGUGUAAGGUUGCAUCUGAAGAAACGGGUCCUCUUGUUGACUUCUGUGGCGGGGACCAGCAACAGCAGCAGCAGUCCCAAGCCGACUCCGUGGCCCAGGCGUCGGCCCUGGGCAAGCUCCAGCCACUGGUGGCUUCUUAUCUCUGCUCUGAUGUGACAUCUGUCCCGUCAACCAAGGAGUCAAUCACUCUUCAAGGAGUCCUCAUCAAACAGUCGGUCUUAAAAAGUCACCGAAUACUGCCCAGCUCCCUGCUCAACGGCGGUGACUUCCUGUUGAGGAAGCGGCACGCCAUAGAACUUUCCGGAGGCCAACUCAAAAGCCUCAUGAGUGGCAGCACCAACGGCGGGGGCCAGCCUAUGGCACCUGUCAAUGGCCUGGCCAAGAAGCUGGCCACCAUGUCUGGCUCCGGCUGUGUGAUGGCCAUGAAUGGAGAUAAGCCUCCUGCCUCCACAGACUCCCAAUCUCAGAACCAGACUUUGGACUCAGACACCCUGACAGUAAACCAAGUAGGUCAUAUUCCAGUGAAAGGAACCCUUAAACACAAGCAUUCCACUGGAGUUUGUCAAAACACGGAACCAACAGAGCUUCAGACUGCUGCACUUUCCCGCUGUUCCCAUGACAACCGCGACACCAGUGUAGAAGUGAAAUUGGAGGAGACAGAUGCGCACACAACUACUAGUACCAGUCCGUCACGUGGCUUAGACAGGGAGAGACCGGGUUGUAGCCAGCAGAGCUCCCCGUCUUUGGACAUUCUUGACACGCAAGUCGCAGAGCGCACACGUCUCAGCAGAAGCCGGCAAGUCGAAAUUGAAAAUCGCCUUAGACGGCUGCGCAAACGCCUUCAGGUGGUCCAGGCUAAGCAGGUGGAGCGCCACAUUCAGCAACAGCUCGGUGGCUUCCUGGACACAGCUGUCAGCCGACUGUUGGCCGGGAACCGCAAAGACCAGGCCACCUCCACGGCAACAUGGAGGACAGGUCGCCACUCUUCAUCAAACAACAGAGACAGUUUGGGACGCUUCCUCAAGAGCGGCUCCAUGUCUUUAGAACUGGAGAGGUUGUAUCUGAGCGGCUCAGCUAACCUGCACUCGGCAGAGACGGCCUUUGACUCUGAUGUAACGGAGAGCAGCUCUGGUGGAGACUCGGACCUGGAAGAGGAGGAACUGACCCGGGUGGACAUUGAGCAGCGCCAUGUCAAAAUAUGGAAGCGUGCAGAGAGUCGCUACACGCUGGAGAGGGCAGCAAUCAUCAGUCACUGGAACUGGCUGCAGGCUCACAUCUCCGACUUGGAGUACCGCAUUCGACAACAGACGGACAUUUACAGACAGAUUCGUGCGAGCAAGGGCUCAGUGGAGCUGGGAGGUGUAGGUCCUCAAGAAGUCAAGAUGGAGCCUGGAAAUGCUCAGGAUGCAGCUUCAGAGCGUCUGGAGCACAUUGCUACUGCAGAACCUUGGAAAGGUCAAAACGGGCAGCCAGUCAACGGCGUCCUGAGCAGGAUGGCAGAGUGUGUGGAUGGCAAACACCAGCAGCCACUUGACAGUACAUGUGUGGCAGCACGCACGCGGCCGCUCGUUAGUUGGCGCCGGCGGAGGCUCAUUCAGCCCAACACUGUGCCCAAUCUGACUGGCAAGGUGUCCAAAAGCAGCUGCAUCCAGUGCACGUGCAGGGUCAACCCAAGCUGCGUGAUGUGCGGUGGCCGGCCCACCCCCAGAGAAGACCCCCAGUACGAGCUGCCCACCUUGGAGCGCCUGUCAAGACUGGAUCUUGGCGUCCACCCCAUCCUGUCCUUCCCUGACGAUGUUUGUAUUGGCCUUCGUCUGCAGCAAGUGAUGAAAAGCUCGUGGAACAGCAGGUCGCUGGAGAGGAGCAAACCUCUCAAGAAGCUCUCGCUAAAACACAAACUGUCGUCGUCCAAAGAGAAGCACAAGUUUGCCAACUCGCUCAUGGCAGUCAGGCUGGGUCACUACAAGAGUCGAGCUGACAAGUUGAGGACACUGGAGAGCAGCGCUGCCGCGUGUAAGACGGAGCGGCUACAUGCCGCGCCGCUGGGUCCAUACGAGAGGAACUACAGUCGAAAGAGACUGCGAGAGCCCUUGUUGGACACGAGUGACUCCUCCCCAAAACUCUUUGUGGACACCAGCGGUCCUUGUCCAUCACUGGCCAGCAUGCACGCGUCUUUGCACAGCCCCGUCACACGCCAGCUGUCCACGUCGUCGGACAACGCCACACCGUUGGGCAUCGGCACACCUUUGCCCAUCAAGAGGAGGCGGGGAGAAAGCUCCUUUGAUAUCAACAACAUCGUCAUUCCCAUGUCCGUGGCCGCCACCACACGAGUGGAGAAGCUGCAGUACAAAGAGAUCCUCACGCCCAGUUGGCGAGCUGUGGACGUCCUGUCUCAGCCCAUCGCGGAGGAGGAGGACGAGCGUGAUGUGGAGGACUUGUCAGACGCCGCCUUCAUCCAGCUGCACCAGCCCUAUGAGGACCAGGAGCGAGCUCGCUGGACAUGGAUGGCCUUGGCUCCGGCUAAGAGGAGGGGCAGCAGGUCGUACAAGUCUGUCGAUGGGCGCACCACCCCGCUGUUGUGCGGCACCAACCCCUCUACCCCUCAGCCGGCCUCCCCUGACCCCAGUCACUACCCCAUGCUUCACGACUAUGGCCACGUGCCAUCACCCAUGAGUCCGGCCAGUCCUGACACCGCCUCCAACCCUCAUACACCGUGCUCCAGGGACUCGCAUCGACUUCUGUCCAGCGAGGACACGCGCUGCUCCACGCCAGACUUCACCUUUGAGGAAAGGACUGUGGCGCCGUGGGAACGGCGAAACUUCCCGUUGCCUGAAGACCCCACCCCAGAGCCUGAGGUCGAGGGCGAGCACCACAGGCCCAGGAUGCGAAGCAUCUCAGGCUGCCGAGCGAGCGCCUAUGGCCGACUGGAUUCAGACGACGGCGAACCGCCUUCUGACGAUGGUGGUCCAAAACACAAAGCGUCAGGCCACCGAUGAGCGGGCGGCGCUCGUUUGUGAACCUGAGCGGACUUGAAGUGGCUCCUGUUGUUUGAUAUUCAAACAUCAGUCUAAUUCUUUCACAGUUUUUAGUGAACAUGACGCAGAUAGAAGCCUUUCCCGACAAAAAAAGAACAUGUUACAGUAUGGUUUGUGUAGUAGGCUAAACAAUGUACAUGGGGGCUUAGUGGUGUUUCAUAUGUGCCGUGUACACUCGUAGCGCACUAUGUAGCGACUCCUCCCAAUAUGGCCAAAGGGUGUUUUUCUAUCAUUAGUUUGCUUGUAAUUCCCAUGUACAUUUUUAGUGGAGUGAAAAAUAACAAAAGAAGAAAAAAAAAAAAAAACUCCCACCCCCCACUCAUCCAAAUAAACAGGUACAUUUAGGAUGUGGCACCUCUCCUUUGGCGGUGGCCUGACAUCAGAGCACUUGUUUAGUUUGUUGCUUUUUCCAUUCCGGACAUGUUUGUAUGUUGUGUGUUCCAGCGUAACGUUGUCUUUGACUAGUGAACCAUUCCUACGUGACGCUGGGGUGUCUUUCAGCACUUGUCCUGCAGGAGGCGCUGCUGCAUGCUAAACAUGCUAACACUUGUCACAUGUAGCAGCUCUCAGCAAGAUGCCACCAGAGCUCAGGUUGUUCUACCUUAAGGGAAACUCCCCUGUUCACAUCCGAACCACACGCUCCCGUCGACUUGACUAUGCAAAAUUGAAAAGAAAAAAAAAAUCCAUCCUUUGCUUUUGCCACAGCCAAUCACUGUUGUCUUUUCAGUAGUGACGUCACAUGAUGUACCUGUUUGAUUGUUGCAGCAGUUAAUCACUAUUUUCUUUUUGUAAAUAGCUCCAUUAAAACAUUUAUGUUUAACUUGG